AUGAAGGUCCUCACCCUCAACUUUGUCACCUGCGCCAUCAAGGCCUGCAAGGGCACCGUCGGCGCACACCCGCUCCACCCUAAAGAUGCUGAGCUCGUGCAGGAUGAGAUUGAGAUCAACCCGGACAUGAUUGUCAAUGUGUUGCCUCGUCUGGACUGGGCAGCUCUACGUACUACAUCAUCAGAGCUCGGUUUCCCCUCUCUUCCUGAGCAGCCCCCCACGGCGGAGGACCUUCGGGGCGAUGAAAAGGCUCUCAAGGACCUGCACCAUCUCCUCCUUGAGACGUCCGUGUCCGAGGGCAAACUGGUCUGUGGAAACUGCGGACACGAGUACGCCGUCAAGGAGGGCAUUGCCAACUUUCUGCUUCCUAGCCAUUUGGUCUAG